CCAAUUCAAAAGCGAAACUGAGUUAUUUAGCAAGGCAACAAUGGCCGACAACUUUUAUAGACUCAUUAAACUCCAAACCGAUAUAGCAACACCAGUAUUUCGGGAUUUACUAGAGAACUGUGCUAAGAAGGACACCAGUACUGGAGAAACUUAUACAACAUUGCAAAGGUAUCUCUUAUUAAAAGAACCUGUGAUUGGGAAACUUUUCCAUAAUGCAAAAUGGAAGUAUGAUCAAAUAUAUCCAAGCGGGAAACCAUCCUCCAUUUCUUCAGUUUCUGAUGGAGAAAACUUGGACGUGUCCAUGCUAUCAUCAUUGCUGCUAGGGUUGUUCAGAAAAGGGAAAACGCCCAUUUUACCAUCAUCAAUGGCCAUGGAUGUGAGAAACAUAAAGGACGUUCGAAAUAGCAAUAUUUUGGCUCAUGGCUCUUCUACCAAAAUAUCGUCAAAUGAUUUUGAGAACACGUGGACUCUCUUAGAAAACGGCAUACUCUCGGUUGCUGGUUUAAUAGGAAGCGCCACCUAUCUGGAUAAAGUUAAAACGGAGAUAAAACAGACGCUACUUAGCAACAUGCCUGGAAUGUGGAAUACUUGCGCCAAAUGGUUUACAAGUGUAGUCGAAGAACAGGCGGACACAAUUCGUCAAAUGCAAACAUUGAUAGACACUGGAACAGAAAUGCAAAGACAUCCGUCUGGAAAAGAUCAAAAACGCUUCAAGACCGUCAACGGAAAACAUAAGACGUUAAAACACAACUUUAAAACACUAAUGGCUAAUAGCCCGACUGAUGGUAUUGCGCUCUCCACGGCCACUGCAGAGAUACGACAAAAACUGGCCUCAAACAAACUAGUUAUUGUCACUGGCGAUAGUGAUUCUCAGUAUGAAUCUGUAGCUUUAGCAGCAAUCAAAGGAAUGCCAGAUUUCGACGAAGAAUUUUGUGUUGCUAUUAGUGACCCGCAGGAAUGGGGGAAGAUGGAAGAAGAACUCGUUAGAGUUGUUGUCUUUAAAGACCCGUUUGGAUCAGAGGAAUUUGAUCGAAUAGAAUGUAGUAAAAUGGUGGAGACAUUUGAAAGACUAAUUGAAAAAUCGAAAACACGAAAAAUGCCGGUUUCGUUUACAACAGUUAUUUUGACGCAGAAGCGUAUACUCAAAAACGCCUUUUCUGCUGUCAUUGGUCAAGAGCACGAAUUGUUUGGAGUCAUUUGUGAGCCGUGUAAGACUGGAUCAGACAGUACCAGUCCAAUAGACGUUGAAGUUGAAAAAAUGCCUUCCUUGCGAAAAAAGAAUCAGCCCCGGAGCCAAGCAAUGAAAAACAUGUUAGAUAUGUCUUCUGUGUAUUUAGAAGGACUGCAAAAAAUUGAAGCACAAGAUAAAACAAAAUAUGCGUUUGGAGAGCUCAAAAAGAAUGGUUGUUUAGUCAUCACAGGCAAAGAACCAUCGGAUGUAACUUUGUUUGUAGUAAACUUAGCUACAAGAGAAAAGGGAAAGAAUACAGUUGUUCUUCGAUGUCCAUCGGCUAUAAAAGAUAUUGAAAUUAGAGUCAUCGAUAUACUGAUAAUAGACUUCUUUGCUGGACAGUUCGUUCUUGAAAAGGAAAAGGCGAAGCGUUGGAUUGAUGAAUUUGACUUGCUUUACGCGCUAUCCCAAUCACGAAAGUUAAGUAUCAUUAUCUCUUCAACAAAAUCUGUUUUCGAUGCCCUGAAAAGAAGUUUACCGCAAGUUCAGCCUUUACACCGGUUGCUUUCGGGGAUAGUUGACGUGACAAAGACCCAUGUUUUAAAGCUGAUAAAACUGGAGUCUGAUGCGAAACGGGAUUUGAAUGUUCAAGCCGUCCAGCCCGCUCCGAAAACAUUUGGAGUAAAGGACAUUGAAAAAGUAAUCGAUACAACUCUUAUGUCAUUGGAGAGAAAACAGACGUCGAGUGAACUCUCUCUUCACGUUUGUAAUCGUCAAGUGGCGGCUGCACCAAACACAAAGCCUCUACAGCACUGCCAGGCCGCGCUAAAAGAAAGGGCUUCCCGUAUGAAACGAUCUCGCCUUCAGUCCGCAGAAGCCGAUCCGAACACACACGCGAAAAUCCGACACAUGUAUAGACCGUCGACGUUAAAGGAAUCCCACGGUCAUCAUCAGGUUCCGGCUGCACCAAACACGAAUAAUUCUCGACAGAAACGCAUGACCGUAUUAACACGUAGAUGGCAUGCCAUUGUUUAAUCUGACCGAGUGAACAAAUUUAACCAAGACGUGCAGUGCCCAACUCCCGGGACCGAUUUCUCGCGACAAAACAUCAAAACUGUUGGCUCAUACUGCGAAAAACAAUAUCCUUUACAAACACUUUUACCAGCGUCUACCAGCGUUGCUUGCUCAUUACUUAUAUGGGAUCUAAAUGACCCAAAAUAAUUUUGUAUUUUUAUUCUUUAUUUUAAGUUAAAUCAGACGGAAAAUUUCAUAAUUUGCCACAUAUAGUUUUUGGGUUGUUAAUACAUUCUUGUUAUUUUUUUUAAAUAAAACCAAAACAAUAUGGAGUCAACUAGCAUCCAAUAUGUACACAUCUGUGGGUCGGGUGUCGUUAAAAUGUUUUAAAACGGAUGCUACAUGGCAGCAUAGACUCAUUUUGAUAAUAUUCAGUGUUAUCUUAUUCCACAUCUAAAGCUUAAAGCCUCAUACCUAAAGCAUUACGAUAAGGUAACAUUUUUUAAACAAAUGUAUGUUUCACAAGUCUGUACAGAAGAAGAAUCAUUUAUAUCUAUAAUUUAAACAUUGGUUUAUUUCUUCUUUUACCAAACGCCAACAAACCUUAAUCAAAUAGGCGUUAUCUAGUGACCUUGUCCAACGGGAAUACCAAAACAAGUUAUCAUACAGUCAUUGAUUGGAAACAAAUGCAAACGCCGACGCAGUACAUGGUAAUGUGUUUAUUAUGUUUGCAUGCGGCACAUGUCGACUAGGUUGUUGAUGAUUUUGUUGUUAUUAUUAUUGUUAUUGUUGUACUUUUAUGAAUGAGUUUAUGAUAUGUAUCACAUUAUUAUCUUUAAAUGUUUGAAUCUACAAAUACAUACCCUAAACUACAAGUUAUUAGAAUACUAUCCUUCAAAGAUUUGUUGUAAACGGCUUUAGUGGCUGUCUUAUCAACAAGCAUGCGACGAAAUAUUAUAGGAUAAUGAAUCGCAUCUAGAUAUUUAGAGAGUGUCACAAAAUGUUUGAAUGCUUGUACAAAAUAAUAUUUCGAGUUUCUUUUAAGUAUUUACCGCGAAGUUUUUAUUGUCUGGCAUUGUAAAAGUGUCACAAAAUGUUUGAAUGCUUGUACAAAAUAAAUUCUUCGUGUAUUUUCUACGAAUUUUUCAUUGCCUGUCAUUGUAAAACCAUAACUUGUCAUAACCCUACUAAUUUAUAUUGAAUUUUAGAAAGUGUCACAAAAUGUUUGUACAAAUAUUUUUUUUCGAGUUUCAUGUUAAGUAUUUUCUGCGAAUUUUUCACUGUCUGGCAUUGUAAAACCAAUACUUGUCUAAACCGUACUAAUUUAUAUUGAUAUUUAGAGUGUAACAAAAUGUUUGAAUGUUUGUACAAAAUAAUUUUUUGAGUUUCUUUUUAAGUAUUUUCUGCGAAUUGUUCAUUGUCUGGCAUUGUUAAACCAAUACUUUUCAUAACCGUACUAAUUUAUAUUGAUUUUUAGAUAGUGUCACAAAAUGUUUGAAUGCUUGUACAAAUAUUUUUCGAGUUUCUUGUUAAGUAUUUUCUGCGAAGUUUUCAUUGUCUGGCAUUGUUAAACCAAUACUUUUCAUAACCGUACUAAUUUAUAUUGAUUUUUAGAUAGUGUCACAAAAUGUUUGAAUGCUUGUACAAAAUAAAUUUUUCGUGUUUCUUUUUAUGUAUUUUCUGCGAAGUUUUCAUUGUCUGGCAUUAUAGACCAAUACUUGUCAUGACCGUACUAAUUUAUAUUGAUAUAUAUUUAGAUAGUGUCACAAAAUGUUUGAAUGCUUGUACAAAAUGAAUUUUUCGAGUUUUUUGUUACGUAUUUUCUGCGAUUAUUCAUUGUCUGGCAUUGUAAAAUCAAUACUUGUCAUGACCGUUCUAAUUUAUAUUGAUAUUUAGAUAGUGUUACAAAAUGUUUGAAUGCUUGUACUCUUUUUUCCGAGUUUGUUAUUAAGUAUUUCUGCUAAUUUUUCAUUGCCUGACAUUGUAAAACCACAACUUGUUAAAAACGUACUAAUUUAUAGUGAAAUUUAGAUAGUGUCACAAAAUGUUUGAAUGCUUGUACAAUAUUUUUUCCGAGUUUCUUUUUAAGCAUUUUCUGCGAUUUUUUUCAUUUUCUGGCAUUGUUAAACCAAUACUUUUCAUGACCGUACUAUCUUAUAUUGAUAUAUAUUUAGAUAGUGUCACAAAAUGUUUGAAUGCUUGUACAAAAUAAAUUUUUCGAGUUUUUUGUUACGUAUUUUCUGCGAUUAUUCAUUGUCUGGCAUUGUAAAAUCAAUACUUGUCAUGACCGUUCUAAUUUAUAUUGAUAUUUAGAUAGUGUCACAAAAUGUUUGAAUGCUUGUUCAAAAUAUUUUUUUCGUGUUUCUUUUUAUGUAUUUUCUGCGAAGUUUUCAUUGUCUGGCAUUGUAAAACCAAUACUUGUCAUGACCGUUCUAAUUUAUAUUGAUAUUUAGAUAGUGUUACAAAAUGUUUGAAUGCUUGUACUCUUUUUUUUCGAGUUUGUUAUUUAGUAUUUCUGCUAAUAUUUCAUUGCCUGACAUUGUAAAACCACAACUUGUUAAAAACGUACUAAUUUAUAGUGAAAUUUAGAUAGUGUCACAAAAUGUUUGAAUGCUUGUACAAUAUUUUUUCCGAGUUUCUUUUUAAGCACUUUCUGCGAUUUUUUUUCAUUUUCUGGCAUUGUUAAACCAAUACUUUUCAUGACCGUACUAUCUUAUAUUGAUAUAUAUUUAGAUAGUGUCACAAAAUGUUUGAAUGCUUGUACAAAAUAAAAUAUUCGAGUUUCGUGUUAAGUAUUUGCUACGAAUUGUUCAUUGCCUGGCUUGUAAAACUAUAACUUGUCAUUACCGUACUAAUACAUAUUGAUUAAAGUGCUUUCCAAAUCAAAAAUGCUUCAAGUGUACAAUAAAACAACCUUAAAACGUAUUCGUUGUUAAAGAAAAAUCGAGUUUCAUUGGAAAUAGAGC